AUGACUGGCACUACUCAUGUUCUAACAGUAUUGUUUGCAUUGGCAAGUGUUGCUGAGGCAAUACCGUCAAGUCCAUUGGCUUUUGAACAUGCUAUGAAAGAGGCUCUGGCCCAUGUUGAUGGGCUAUUAAAAUCGCCACCCAAUAAUUUACGCAAUCUCCCUCCAGUGAUUGCAAAUCCAACUACCAACCAAAGAACCAUAAAGGAUGGAGAAAUCCCUCGCUAUGUAAUCGAUUAUGCACCUUUGGUUCAUUUAUACUCCGAAGAAAGAUAUCUCCCAUAUGAUGUUAAGGAGUAUGUUACAAAUCUUCAUGUUGAGUUUGAAAAUGGAACUACAGUACCGGGAACAGAAAAGAAUAUGAACAUCCGAAAGUUGGGAGAUUUGGCUAAAGAUUAUCCCAAUGAAUUUCUUAUAAUGACAUCAAACUCCAAUUUUGAUGCUGACCCAGAGUGGAUUACUGGUGUUAAGAAUAAACCCAGUUUGAUAGAUGGUGAAAUAGAGAAUGCACCUGCUACUUUGAUCGUUGUAGAUAAAGGUAAUGGAUGGGUUGAUUCUUAUUGGUUUUAUUUUUAUUCGUUUAAUUUAGGCCCCUUUGUGAUGGGAGCUGGUCCUUAUGGAAAUCAUGUUGGAGAUUGGGAGCAUUCGUUAGUUCGAUUCUAUAAAGGUACCCCAGUGAUUGUAUGGAUGUCUGCCCAUGGGGGUGGUGGAGGAUUUUACUAUAAACACUUGGAAAAGUAUGAUUUAGACCCUAAACAUCCUAUAAUAUUUUCUGCAAGAGGUACCCAUGCCAAUUAUCCCAGUGUGGGACAACAUCCACAUGAUUUACCAUACGAAAUUUUAUGUGAUUUCACUGAUAGAGGACCACUCUGGAAUCCAACCAGAAACUAUUUAGGUUACACCUAUGAUGGGGUAAAAGUUCACCCUAGUAUCGGAAGAAAUGCCAACCCUAAACAUACAGGUAGAGAAUGGCUGUAUGGAGACUGGUUGUACUUUAGGGGAGCGUGGGGGGACCAAAAGUUACCAUCAUCAGAUCCUCGUCAAAAGUACAAUAUCAUUGGCGGUUAUAAAUACAUUCUUGGACCAACUGGACCACUUCAUAAGAACCUUGAUCGGAUAAAGCCUUGUGAGAGAACCAAAUGGUGGAAUUUCUGGGGUGGGUGUAAUAUAAGAACCAAUAUAAAGUGGGGAGUUGGAGUUGAAAGUGAAGGGAAUAAUUGUGGGAAUAUGUUCAAUCAUAUACGACCACUUUGGCUUCGGAAAGUUAUCAAUACCGUUACUUGGGGAGGAGGAUUUUGCUUUUUAGUUGAUAUAUUUUAUGGGUAA